AUGGGAAUUUGCGGUUUUAAAUACAUUGAGGAAAGCUAAAAGCUUGAGUGUUUUCCUUUUAACUUUUACAUUACUCCUUAGAACUAUGAUAUGAUGCAAAUAAACAGAAAAUAUCUCAUAAACACUGGUUCAUUUGAAUUUUUGGCUGACAAUAAAUUCGAUUUUAACAAGUUUUUCUACGAGUCUGUAGGUUAUGUGUCAAAUGAAUAGGACAAAAUUUAAAAAAGUCAUCUUAACACUAAAGGCAAAUCAGAUGAGUUUUAUAGGUUAUCGUUAAAGAACAUAGACUAAAAGAAAACAGUAUUUCUUAUCUAUAAUCUUUUAAGACUUUAGACUACAAAGGAAUUCUACUUAAACCUAGAUACCUAAAAUUUAGAGAUGUUUUUAACUCAUUCAUAGUAGUAGGAUUCUAUAUACAAGGUUAAAAAUGAGGAAAAUAUAAUAUAAAUGAGGAUAAAUUAUUUCAUAGAAACUUAAAGAUAAUUUUAAAGUGGAAAAUCCUCAGCUUAAAAUGGUUUAAAUUACCUAAACGGAAAGACCUAUGAUUAAUGGGUAGAGUUAGAAAAUAAACAUAGAGAGCUUACUAGCUUAAAUAUAGAUAACUUGUUUAAUGAUGCUGAAUUGAUAGAUUAGAUGUUCAAAGAUGAUUUUAAUAAUUAGAGUCUGCUCGAAUUUUUAAGCUUGAAAUCAAUUAAUACUAUUCCUAAUAAGAGCAGUGAAAGUUAAGAUAGGCUUGGCUUCACAAGAGUCAUUAAUCUAAUGAGAGAUUUGUAAAAGCCAGUGAUAUCACACAAUGGUAUCAUGGAUUUGAUGUUUUUAAUCGAAAAGUUUGACAAGCCGCUCCCAGAUAACAUAUAGGAUUUUAAGCUGAGGUUGAAUUCAUUUCUACCUCAAAUAUGUGAUACCAAGCAUAUGAUUAAUAGCAGACUUGAUCUGCAAAAUAUGUUUCCUGCAGGUAGUCUUUCAGAUGUUUAUUAAGAAAUCUCAAGUAAUUAGGAGAGAUGGAAAUACGACUAGACUAUAGAGAUCAAUGAAAAUUUUGAUGAAUAUAAACUAACUGGGGAUGUUUAUCAUGAUGCUGGAUUCGAUGCUUUGAUGACUGGUAUUGUAUGGCUAAAGCUAAUGACCAGAACUCAUGGUUAGAACAAAUUUAUGGGGCUGAAUUUAAUCAUGGAAAAUGAUAAUUUCAAAUUGAUGGACUUAAAUAAGAUACCUAUGGCUAGUAUCAGAGCAAGUUUAAAUUUAACAACUUCAUCUGAGGUGGAGUAAUAGAUAAAGGAGAAAUCAGUUCAAUCUGAGUCUACUAUUAACAACUAUUUAACAGACGAAAAGCCAUUUCUCUAUUUCUUGGAUAAGUUGCCUCAGCGAAUCUAAGUUGAGGACUUGACUGUUUUAUUUAGAGAGAAGUUUGGUGUCGAGGUAAAGGUCUAUAGAGCAUUCAACAAAAACUAUGCCCUUAUCUGUGAUUAUUCAUUAGACAAUGAUAAGAAAAUGCAGAGAUUGUUCUUUAAUAGUGAUAACUUAUUAGAAAGAGAAGAGAUAUUUGUAACUCUUGAAGAUAAGAAAAGCAAUAAUGAUGGAGAUAGCUCUUAGAUAUAGUUGAGAUUAGUAAUGUAUGAUAAGUAUUAGAAGGAGUUAAAAGAGAGGAUAGAUAUGUUAUAUAAGCCUAAUUUAUAAAUGCCUGAUCAUAUGUGGAUUAUCAAUUAAUGA